GAAUGGAGAAUGCCGAAGUUCAAAAUCUAACGGAAAGAGCACUUAGCAUACCUGAAGACUACAAUCCAGUAGUUCCACCGAGUAGAAGAGGAUCCUCAGGGAGACGUGUCCAGGUUGAUUCCAUGAGCUGUUCAAUGCAGGCUGCACCUGUAGCGUGCACCAGCUCGGAGUAUAGCGGUAUGUCUGGCAACCCAUCUUCCCAAUCUGUAGAAAGUCGCCUUGAAGAUUCCAACAAUACCCGACUUGCAUCAAUAGAAGAGACCCAAGAAACCUCGGUCUCGUCCAUCUUCGAUUCUCCCUCCGCUCUUCCCCCCAAAAUCGAAUGCGAGGAUGAAACAGUUGAUGCAAGUUGGACUAACCAGCUACACACAAGUAUUGACAUUAAGAGUGAACCCACUCCCCAGACGGAUGAGUCACAACUCAGGUUGGGACAAGGAGGAGCAGAACACGAUUUGGAGAAUGAUAUUCGUGAUUUUGUCCCCAUAACAGCGCGAGUGAAGAGGGAGAUCAUGAGCUCUCCACUUCCCGACCAAUGUAAUGAAAAUUGGCUUGACCUAUCACUCACGAAUAUCGAAAUUAAGAAGGAACCCCCUACCCAAGCAAUCGAAUCGGACUCAAAGUCAGUCGAAUAUAUUAGAACGCAAGCUGGUGAGAUAUCAUUUACAUGCGGCGAGUGUUCGAGCCUUUUUUCUUCUAAAAGCGCUUUAACUACACACAUGCAAACGCACACUGGCGAGGAACCAUUCAGGUGCAGUCAUUGCUCCUCCCAAUUCAGUAUAAAAGGCAAUUUGGCGAGACACAUGCGAACGCAUAUUGGUGAGAAACCAUUCAGUUGCAGUCAUUGCUCGGCAUGCUUUGCUCAGAAACGGGCUUUAACGGACCAUGUUCGCACGCACACUGGUGAGAAACCAUAUAGUUGCAGUCAUUGCACAGCAUGCUUUGCCCACAAACAUUCUUUAACGGCACAUAUUCGCACGCAUAAUGGUGAGAAACCAUUCAGUUGCAGUCAUUGUACGGCAUGCUUUAUUCACAAACAUUCUUUAACGGCACAUAUUCGCACGCAUAAUGGUGAGAAACCAUUCAGUUGCAGUCAUUGCCCCUCCUCGUUCCGUAGGAAAGUGGAUUUGAAGGUACACAUGCGAACGCACACUGGCGAGAAACCGUUCAGUUGCAGUCAUUGUACGGCAUGCUUUACUCGGAAACAUUCUUUAACGGCACAUAUUCGCACGCAUAAUGGUGAGAAACCAUUCAGUUGCAGUCAUUGUACGGCAUGCUUUACUCAAAAACAUUCUUUAACGGCACAUAUUCGCACGCAUAAUGGUGAGAAACCAUUCAGUUGCAGUCAUUGCGGGGCAUGCUUUGCUCAGAAAAAAUAUUUAAGGGCACAUGCUCGCACUCACACUGGGGAAAAACCAUUCAGUUGCAGUCAUUGCUCCGCAUCUUUUGCUCACAAACAUUCUUUAACGGUACAUCUUCACACGCAUACUGGUGAGAAACCAUUUAGUUGCAGUCAAUGCACGGCAUGCUUUUCUCAGAAAAGUAAUUUGAUAAUUCACAUCCGGACGCAUAAUGGUGAGAAACCAUUCAGUUGCAGUCAUUGCCCCUCCUCGUUCCGUAGGAAAGAGGAUUUGAAGGUACACUUGCGAACGCACACUGGCGAGAAACCAUUCAGUUGCAGUCAUUGUACGGCAUGCUUUACUCGCAAACAUUCUUUAACGGCACAUAUUCGCACGCAUAAUGGUGAGAAACCAUUCAGUUGCAGUCAUUGUACGGCAUGCUUUACUCACAAACAUUCUUUAACGGCACAUAUUCGCACGCAUAAUGGUGAGAAACCAUUCAGUUGCAGUCAUUGCGGGGCAUGCUUUGCUCAGAAAAAAUAUUUAAGGGCACAUGCUCGCACUCACACUGGGGAAAAACCAUUCAGUUGCAGUCAUUGCUCCGCAUCUUUUGCUCACAAACAUUCUUUAACGGUACAUCUUCACACGCAUACUGGUGAGAAACCAUUUAGUUGCAGUCAAUGCACGGCAUGCUUUUCUCAGAAAAGUAAUUUGAUAAUUCACAUCCGGACGCAUACUGGAGAGAAACCAUAUAGUUGCAGUCAUUGCUCCUCCUCGUUCCGUAGGAAAGUGGAUUUGAAGGUACACAUGCGAACGCACACUGGCGAGAAACCGUUCAGUUGCAGUCAUUGUACGGCAUGCUAUACUCGGAAAGAUUCUUUAACGACACAUAUUCGCACGCAUAAUGGUGAGAAACCAUUCAGUUGCAGUCAUUGUACGGCAUGCUUUACUCAAAAACAUUCUUUAACGGCACAUAUUCGCACGCAUAAUGGUGAGAAACCAUUCAGUUGCAGUCAUUGCCCCUCCUCGUUCCGUAGGAAAGAGGAUUUGAAGGUACACUUGCGAACGCACACUGGCGAGAAACCAUUCAGUUGCAGUCAAUGCACGGCAUGCUUUUCUCAGAAAAGUAAUUUGAUAAUUCACAUCCGGACGCAUACUGGUGAGAAACCAUUCAGUUGCAGUCAUUGCCCCUCCUCGUUCCGUAGGAAAGAGGAUUUGAAUGUACACAUGCGAACGCACACCGGCGAGAAACCAUUCAGUUGCAGUCAUUGUACGGCAUGCUUUGCUUACAAGCAGUCUUUAUUGGCACAUAUUCGCACGCAUACUGGUGAGUAAGCAUUCAUUUGCAGUCUUUGCACCGCAUGCUUCGCUCACAAACAGUCUUUAACGGAACAUGUUCGCACGCACACAGAUGAGAGACCGUUCAGUUGAAGUCAUCGUUCGGCUUUCUUCUCCAAGAAUGUGACUUUAAAGAGACAUAUGCGAAUGCAUACUGGGGUAGAACCCUAGACUUGCAAUCCCUGCUCAUCCCCUUUUCGGCAAAAGACGCAUUCGACGGAGCAUACUGCGGUCAGAGACAAGAGACCCUUCACUGACUUCUUGGCGACAAGAGGAAGCUUUUACUUUCGGGGAUUGAACAAUACCAUAUGAACAAUGAUAAGGAAGCAACAGUCAUCACUCAAAUUUCGGCUUUUGACCUGCCUAUAUGGUGGAUGAUGAGCUUCGGGUGACGUCAUGAGCCAAACAAGUUUCCCAAACUUCCGCCAUUUCCUGAUUGUUUGCAAAACGGAACUGCCAACACGUUGUUGAACAUCAACCAUGUAAGUAAGCCCCGAAUAUAAAAUUUUCCAACAUGGCCAAGAUACUGGUGGAGGGUCUUUUGUUCCUGACUGCUAUAAACCAUACAUUUUCACUCAGUGCUCUUCCGUCUUGUCCAGGAAAAGUCCUUUAAAUGGACGCAUACGACACACACCAAUCGUGGAUCUUUUAGUUGUAGGCAUGGCUCUGCUUAGUUUUCUGAAAAAGGCUCUCCAGUGGUAAAUAUUCGAUCGCUUUCUGGAUAAAAAACCAUAAUUUUGAUGAUCAAACUAUAAGUUGAGACCAUACAGAUGACGUCCUUCGUAUUUUUGCCAUUCUAGCAUUGUUUAUCGUAAGCACCUACAUUUGUUAUGGAGUUCUUCUCCACACUCCCCGGCUGUCGUGCGACUCCGAGUUCAUCGUAAAUUUUAUAGAGGAAACACGUCGCUCAUUGCUCUAAUUCCUGUCUUGGCUAGAGGCCCAAGACCUAUUGAGUAUGAAAGCUUGUUCCUAUUUUUGCCUCUUUCCGACGUUAUUUUCUCUUCAUCGUAUUUUCAAAGAGAAUAUAUUGCAGAUAUUUCCAAUUGAUUUUUCGAACACCUACAUCUUUAUGAGCGCUGUGAAAUCUCCCGUUAUUUUAUCAACUUUAUAAUUAAUCCUACCUCUGAAACUCCGGAACAUAACAGAAAAUCCGAAAUUCAUAUUAUUUUUGUUAAACUAUUUUUGGAAUUCGGAUGAGAUUUCUCUAUCGUAAUUGAUAAGGCAAUGUCUAAUAUUUGGAAUGCAUUUUGUAAUCAGGAAUUACAGCGUUUGGCUCAUCUAUGAUAACACCGAUGUGCAUAGAGGAACCAAUGGUUCAUAAAUAGUUGUUUCUAAACUGAGCCCGGAAUUUUAGCUCCGAAUUGCAAAAAUUAGUCCAAAUGUGGUCCCGCGCGAAGGAAGAAUGGCGUUUGAACCUCUAGAAGUUGCCUUAUCUCCUUUGAUGAAAUAUGAAUUUUGAAAUGAGCCCUACCAUGCCUAUAUUCUUGUGAAUUUCAGGGCUUAUUUGAGAGCUACCAUAAUUCCUUUUGAUUUAAAUAGCCCCAUUGGUCAGUUGCAGUGGUCACAUCAUUGUGUUUUGAUGCUUCAUUCUUGCAGAUUAGCUAAAAAUAUUACGAUCUGUCACAACAGCAACUUUCUACCUUCAACAUUAACCGAGGUGUCGGCCCUCGAAAAUCCGGGUUUUUGACGUCAUCCACCGCGGUAGUGACACCCUUGGUUUCCCCCGUCUUGCUUUCAUCAGUCAGGGAGACACAAAUUUGCACUGGUCAUACUCAACAUGAAACUUGGAUGAAAGCAAGUAGAAGAAACCAAGGGUGUCACUACCGAAGUGGAUGGCGCCAGAAACUCGGCUUUCCAAUCGGCGAUAUCUCGGUUAAUCUUAAACGUAGAAAGUUGCUGUUUGGGCAGAUAUUAUUAUUUUCAGCUAUCUGCAAAAAUCAAGCGUGAAAACACGAUUCUGUGACCAGCGCGACUGACUCAUUUGAGAGAACUCCCUUAGAAAUCACCAGAAGCUUCCAAUCCUAUUUACUGCCCAGCCAAAGGGGUUGAAUUGGAUCGCAUGUAGCGAAAAGGAACCAGCGCGCUUACAGUGUUUUAGAAAUGUUGCUGCUUCAUAUGUAUCUAAGAAAUCUCCCAGAAAAUCAAAUAGUGUUGGCUUCUCACCAAAAUAUUGCUUAUUUUAAAGGAAAUUAAUUGCGUAAGUUUUAAUACUGAAUAUUGUAUUAAGUGUUUUUGAAAGAAAAAGAAAAGUUGCUCGCCUUCGAAAACACCUUAAUCGCGCUGGUUCCUUUUUGUUGCUAAAUGCGAUCCAAUUCCCGAAGGGCCUAAAAAUGGGCUACAUAGACUUUACUUUAUCUAUAAGAUUUGGGCCCAAAGGGCCUAAAUCUUAUAGAUAAAGUGAGGGUCAGUUUCGUCAAAAAUUGUCAAAAUUUUCUGGAUCUUUUUUCUGCAAAUUUUUAGACUCUGUCUCUCGAAUAAAUGACGCAAUUUUCUGGGUCGUUUAAGACGUAGCUUUGUAACUGAUAUUUUGUUUCUAAUGCGAAAAGAAUGAUAUGAAUAUGCCCAUUAUUCGCUAGAUCUCUGGUGAAAACCUAUCAUUUUCUCGUCGUUUCUGUAUUUCCACAUGUUUCUGUGCGAAUGUGUGUCCAUUUUGUAUCUCUAAUAAAGUUGUAGAUAAAAAAGUCCAUUUAAA